GUUUAGGAACAACCCAUCUCCAUUCACCAACGGCGCCUCCAACUCCGAGCGCCGCCUCUGCCUCGAAAACUCUUACUCGCGGAGCUGCAGCCAGGGGGGCGACCGGUGUGUGAACCGCUGCCGCUAUGGCUGCUGCUUCCGUUCCGCCAACAUCUUCAUCCGGCGGCUGGGACUUCACCUGUAACCUUGAAGUCGAUUAUGGGUCUGAAGAAAAUGCAUCCAUAGUCUACAGAACGUUAGCAGUUGACAAGGAGUUGCAGCCUGACAAGGUGAAGAGGGAGAUGACUCUAUCAGGCAGCAAGCUGGCCGUCCACUUCGCAGCCGUGGAGGCCCGCUUCCUGCGAGCAUCGUUCAGCUCAUUUGUGGAUCUUAUGGGACUCGUGACGAAGCUCGUCGAAGAAUAUGGUGUGGCCAAUGCAGGGCAUUCUUGAAUCUUGAUGAACAAUCUCAUACACGGCAUUGCGGAGUUGAUUUUAGUUCGCCUGUGAGCAAUUUGGAGUUUUGGACAGUCUUUACCAGUGGAACUGCUCUUGAUCUGUGUCAAGCUAGUGUAGUAUUUGCCCUUGAUUGGUCAAAUCCUAUUCGGAACGGUUAAUUCUUUUCGGCAAUGCCGUUGUGAAAUGUAUAGAUGAUGAAUAGGUAAAAAUUAUCUAUAUAUCCUCAGUUAGGCUUUCUCCACGAG